AGUCGUACGGGUGUAAGACUGGAUGUAUAUAACGGGGGAGGAUGACUCCUCCAGAAGCGAUCAGACCGGGAUACAUAUUUGGAAAUCAAGCGUCCCCUCCAGCCCCACCAGGAAGUCGGCAACGAACCUGACAUGAUGUUUCUCUCCUGAGGGGGGGACCCCCAUAGAGCACGCAAUACCAUCAAUGCCUCUUUUUUCUUUUCAAGAAAGAAAGAGGGGUAAAAUAUUGAUGGGUGUGGUUGUAAGGGAAAUGGUUACGACAGUAAUGUGCCAUCGAUACGAGGGUUCUGGUGUCGUGGGAAUAAGCAACAAUAGGCAGUGCAUGCUGAGAACAAUACUCCGUAGAUACUCCAGCCCCCCCCCCGUUUCGGGAUCGCACCCGUUAACUCCGGAGUCGACUGGGCCGAAAGUUCGGUUUGAUACAUGGUCGCUGCGCUUACUUCACGGGAAAAUAGAAUCCGUAUCGUCCUUCCAGAUGACAAAUUGGCCGAUCCAACCCCACGAAGCUGGUCACCGGAGACGCGGAUUCAGGAGUCUUUCCACUAGACUGGUGUGAUUGUUCUGGCGCGAUCGCUGCUAUUCAUCCUGUGGAAUAGUCCGAAAUCGCUUCCAUUA